CUCGCUCUGGUAUGCAGUGUCGCUCUAUUCCGCUGUGAAAAUCAUGCAACUGCGAAUGAUUCAUAUUGUUGGUCAGUAUGAAUAGCAUUGUCGUGCGCAGUAACAUCAUACAACAAUGUUCAAUCUUCUAAUUAUAGCGAGUGAAAAUCAGCCUUCUCAGCAAAUCCGUUUACCUGUAAUCGGUCAUAAGUUAAAGUCUAUGGUGGCUGUGGCCGAGCGCACUGAUCUGCUUAAAACCAUCUUGAAAGAAAAGGUGCUUUGAUGUUCGAUAACAAUACCAGCAUGAAGGGACGUGUAACCGUGUACUCUGUGCCAGGAUGUCCACACUGCAUACAGGCCAAAACCACUCUGAGUAAAUUGGGUCUGCCUGUGUGCGAUGUGGAUUUAAACAAGCAUAAAGAACUAAGAACUCGAGUGAAUGAGCUUACAGGCCACAGUACUGUUCCUCAGAUAUUCUUCAAUAAUGUUUAUGUUGGAAACAACGAGGACCUCCAGAACCUGGAUCCUGAGCAUCUUGAACUCCUCGUCUUAUCGAUAAGAGAGCAUCCGUUGCCUCUGGACGCUCCACCUGUGCCUGAGGAAAACAGUCCUGACCCUGAGGGUGAGCUUGAUGGAGACAGGAAGGAAGCUGGUGAAACUGCCCAGAGUUUAAUGGUCAGGAAGCAUUUGAACUCUGUAACAGGCCAAAGACAGUGUAAUGAGGGUUGCGCCUUAUUCAGGUUACUGGAGCAUGUUCCAAAUGCAGCACUCAACUCUGGAGAAACGGCAGCAUGCAGCCCCAUAAAGGCUUGUGAUCUCUCUGAAGCGCUAAGGAGUCAAAUCCUGAAACUCUACUCUGAUCAUCUCUCUAAAGAUGGCAAGACAGUUGAUUACAAGGCCAUGUCUCGGAGCCUGUAUUUCGAGCGGUACUGUGAGCUAGCAGUCAAACUUCAGCGUGUGGAGCUUCUGUCCCUGAGUCGUGAAGAGAAACUGGCCUUCUUUAUCAACAUCUACAACGCCCUCGUGAUCCACGGCAACCUGCACCUGGGCUUUCCAAAAAACCUAUGGCAAAGGUACCGGUUCUUUAACUAUGUGAGCUACCUCAUUGGUGGUGAGGUAUUCACACUGCAGGAUAUUGAAAAUGGAGUGCUCAGAGGAAAUCGAAAGGGCGUGGCACAACUCCUGAAGCCCUUUUCAAAGAACGACCCUCGACUGCAGGUGGCGCUUCCUGAUGUUGAGCCUCUUAUUCAUUUUGCGUUGAACUGUGGUGCAAAGGGCUGUCCUCCAAUCAAGACUUACACACCACAGGACAUUGAUAGUCAGCUGUGUGCUGCUGCAGAAGCGUUCUUGGAGAAUGAUGAGAGCUGCAUGAUUGACAGUGGGAGAAGAGAGGUGAAACUCAGCCAGAUAUUCAAAUGGUACAAGGCAGACUUUGGAGGCACUGAUGAGAAGCUGCUGGAUUGGGUGUUUGAUCACAUGGGAGCAUCACAAAAGAAGAGGAGUCUACAAGCCCUAAUGUCGCAAGGAAAUGUGAAAGUGAGCUAUCUGCCAUAUGACUGGUCUACAAACAGCACAGACUGAACUAAACCAUAUUCUCACGCACAUUAUCACUCUUAUCACCGACUCAUUGUGGGCAUUGUGUUUGUAUUGAACACAUGCAGCAGGGAAGAGAGAUUCAAAACUGUACCCUGAAAUAAUUUACUGUAACUAUGCAUUUAGAUCUCCUUCCCUUGUUCUGCAACCUCCCAAAGGGCAUUGUGAAUAUGUAGCCUAAUAAUUAUAACUUAAUUUUCUACCUGUUAUUUUCCAAAUUGUAUAAUUUAUAUACACUGAUAAUUAUGCACUGCUAAUAGUCUUAAUAAUUAGCCUACAAAGGAUAUCUUUAUAAAUGUAUAUAGACUAAUUUAUCUAAAUUAUUCUAUUUAUUGCAUCAAUGUGAAUUUAUCUUUAAAAUGUAUUUAAAUUAGAGUUUCUAUAACACAAUGAAAAGCAAAAAAGGGACAAUUUUGCACAGAUAAACUAUGGUGCAUAUUGCUUAAUUACCCUAAACACAAGAGCAUGUCUUUUAUGUAAAGUUUAGGGAUGAAAAACUUUAUAUUGUUAUAGCUAUAUAUAUGCUGUAUAAAUACUGUAUUUAUGCAUUUCAGCCUUUGGAUGAUAGUCAGUAUAUAUCUUUAUAUUUAUGUUUUUGCACUGAAAUGGCUUAAAAGGUAAUUUAUUAAUUUUUUCAGUCAGAACAACCAUAAUUUCAACCAAAUUGCACACGGUUUUUCACUAAAUGAGCUCAAUGAUAUUUAAUUAUUUUCAUUUAAAGGCACAAUUUAACAAUACAACAGCAAUAUUUACCUACAUUUUACCAAAACAUCUUAAUAUAUGAAACUUUCCACACAGAGACUUCUAUGAACAUUUUUGAUUGAUGACAAAACAAAUUGCUGAAUAAUUUUGAAUUGAUAAAUUGAAACUUACCAAUGCAAAUCAGAAACAAUAUGUAAACAUCUGUCUUAAAGGGGGCCUGUGUAGCGCAGCGAGUAAAGACGCUGACUACCACCCCUGGAGUAGUGAGUUUGAAUCCAGGAUGUGCUGAGUGUCUCCAGUCAGGUCUCCUAAGCAACCAAAUUUGCCCGGUUACUAGGGAGGGUACAGUCACAUGGGGUAACUUCCUUAUGGUCUCGAUUAGUGGUUCUCGCUCUCAAUGGGGUGUGUGGUAAGUUGUUCAUGGAUUGCGGAGAGUAGCAUGAUCCUCCAUAUGCUGAGAGUCUCCACUGUGUCAUGCACAACGAGAAACAUGAUAAGUUACGCGGAUUGACUGUCUCAGAAGUGUAGGCAACUGAGACUUGUCCUCCACCACCCGGAUUGAGGUGAGCAACCGUGCCACCAAGAGGAUUUAGAGCACCUUGGGAAUUGGGCAUGACCCAAUUCCCAAAACCCUUAAAGUCUUCGUAAUAUUCAGAACAUUGCUUAAUUUUGUAUCGCCGUUUCGACAGCAAAAUUACUGCCUAGCCCUAGGAAUGGUUUGGUCUGAUUUGUGAGAUACAUACGUGCAUUUAUAAGGCAUUUUCUUGGGUAUUUGGUUUAUCCUUGCAUUUUCUUUUUAAUUUGCAUUCUUUUCAAAGAAUGUUAUACUAAACUGUUUAAGAAUCCAGGCCUCAUAAACAUCCUACUGUCAUUACUGUCACAAUCUGUUCCAGUAGUCCAGAGUUAUGUCCCCAGGACCGACACAGCUUGAGAGCUGUUCACUGUUUAAUGUGUCUGGACACCCCAUAUUGUGUUUCGUCUCUAUGCUUCUGUGGGGAAAUGCAUAGGAGAUGGAAGAGGAAUUAAUUACUGGAGUUUCAGGACCAUUUCAUGCUCAGAAUUUUUCACUAGGAGUGUUUGAUGUCUUCAGCAGAGAACAUAGCAGCAUAUCAGUUUAUCUGAAAGUUAUCAGCAAGUACCAUUACUUAUGAGUACUUCUUGUAAUGCAUGAUAUGAUAUUUUAUACAUUAUUCAAAGGGUACCAGGCUGAUGAAAUAUCAUUCCUGGUUUCUAAUAAAACUCUUGUCUGUCAGACUUGUAUUAUAUGACAUGAUUCAAUGCCUGAUUUGAUUAUGUGUUAACAAGUAUUUUUCUGAAGAAUGUGAGAUCCACAUGGAAAGUUUCUGAAAAUCAAUUCCCCAUCUGUCUAGCUGGCUUGGAAAAGUUUUUUGAAUCUAUUAGACACAGGCUUUUAAAUAUCAAUGUUUACAGUGAUGCAGUAUGGGCAUGUAAUUUAAUAGUAGGGCAUGUGAUACUAUAGCAUAGUAUUGCAAGGGCUGAUACUAUAGGAUGAGAUGCACGAGUAGAAUGAGGUUCAACACCUCUUGUUUCAGCCAGUGCCUUUUCAACUCUGCAUGAGAUCAAUACCAUAACACUCCACUUGAUCACACCUCCCAAUGCUUCAUCGAAAUCAUUUCAUUUGAAUCUGUCAUCUGCAAGCUGAAGGACAGUUUUUAAUUAUAUCUCACCUUUGAAAAAGUCCCAAUGUUACCUCAUGUCUCUUUUAUAGUCAAGAAGGAUAUCAAUGCAAUGCAAUUACCCUUAACAAAAUGUCAAUGCUAGGCUCAUUUUAUUGCAUGGAGUUUAUUCAUAUAGUUGAAAUCUAAAGCAAUAUUGCAUUGUCUUUUAUAAAUGUAUUGCAAGGAUAAAAAUAUGAAG